AUGGCGGCGGCGGCGGCGGCCGUGAGCGCCCCGCAGGGCCCCGCGCCCCCCGCGCCCGCCGCGCCCGCCGCGCCCGCCGCGCCCCCCGCCGCCGGGCUGGGCCGCUGCCGCGCGGCGCUGCUGCUGGCCGUGGCGCUGGACGUGGCGGGCAUGGCGGCGCUGCUGACCGGCGUGUUCGCGCAGCUGCAGGUGCGCGGCCGCGACUUCGGCGACCUGCUCAUCUACUCGGGCGCGCUGCUGGUGUUCGUGAGCCUGCUGGGCUGGAUCCUCUGGUACACCGGCAACGUCGACAUCUCCCGCCAGGAGCUCGAGCGCGACUACGGCCUGCGGCCCUCGGCGCUCGCCCGCCUGGCGCGCAAGCUGUCCCGCCGCUGGUCCGCGCCCGCCGGCCCGCGCGCGCCCGGGGCCCGCGGCGCCGCCCGCGCCCCCCGCGCGCCCCCGCCCGGCGCCGGCUCCCGCCGCGUGCGCCUGCAGCUCGCCACGCUCGAGGCCGCGCCCGGGUCCGACUGA